AUGCUUCGUUUUAGGUGGCACACCUACCUCACCUCCUACCUGCCCCACCAAAAUGCUUUGGAACGCGCUUUAACAGAUUCCAUACUGAUGAUAUACAAUGCUGAUAAGUUAUACUCCAGCAAUAGCCAACAAGUCAUAGAAGAGCUUGGUUCUAUUAAAACUUACUUGUUUGAAAAAUGCAAUGAACUCCACAACUCCCAAAGAAAGUGGCGAGUUCCCAAGAUCGACGAUCCCAUUUUUGGAGAAUUCAUUCUAUUGCAAGAGAAACCCAGCACGAACUUGACGGGCAUCCUCCUUGCGGGUCCUCUGAUACGGAAUAGUCAGUCUUCUACUGUAUUGGCUCUAUGUCUGGAAGUUUUGCAUGGGGUAUUGCUCCUGCACCCUCCCUCCAGGGACUACUUUACCCAAGUACACAACAUGGAAAUGAUGAUUUCAUUCUUAAAAUCCGAGUCUGGAGAUGUUGUCAAUGCCGCAGUUCAAUGUCAGGUAGCUAUCCUGGUUCGAAAUGUGUUGAACUUUAGACUUUCUGAAGCUCUGGAUGGUCCCAAGAUCAUCUGCGAACUGCUAAAUAGUCCAGCAACUUUACGAACUACGAAGAUGAAGAUCCUAGAAUUCUUGUUCUUUUACUUGAUUCCAGAGGAAGGGACAUUAGACGGCGUAUCCUCUGAGAACCACAAGAACACUAAAGAGAAAGCAGAGAUUCUGAAAAAGUAUUUGAGGAAUGUAGAUGGAUUGGUUGAGGAGUUGAUGAGAAGCAAACCUUUUGGGGAAAUGGACAUACAGUGGUAG